AUGAAGAUUGCGUGCUUGCAGUUUGCGCCCCAGGUUGGCGACGUGGACAACAAUCUCCACCGCGCCGAUGCCGUCCUGUCCAGGGCAAAUCCCGAAGACCUCGAUCUCGACCUCCUCGUCCUGCCCGAAAUGGCCUUUACCGGAUACAACUUCAAGUCGCUCCAGGAAAUCGCCCCCUUCCUCGAGCCCUCGGGCUCCGGCAUCACAUCGCUGUGGGCUCGAACGACUGCGCUCAAGUACAACUGCGUCGUCUUGGCUGGCUAUCCGGAAAAGGUCGAUGUCUCUCCCAAGUGGCCCACCGGCCCCGAGUACUACAACUCGGCCAUCGUCGUCAACCAGGAAGGCGAGACCAUUGCCAACUAUCGCAAGUCUUUUCUCUACUACACUGACGAGACGUGGGCUCUCGAGGGCGAUGGUGGUUUCUACGACGGCUUUAUCCCCGGUUUGGGAAACACCUCCAUCGGCAUAUGCAUGGACCUCAACCCGUACAAGUUUGAGGCACCCUGGCAUGCUUUUGAGUUUGCCUUUCAUAUACUCGAGGUCGAGUCCAACCUGGUUAUUGUCUCCAUGGCAUGGAUGACCAGGGAGGACCAACAGCUGUUCACACGCAAACCUAAUGAGCCAGACAUGGACACCCUGGCCUAUUGGGUCACCCGGCUUGAGCCCCUCAUUCGCUCCGAGAACCAGGAAGAGAUUAUAGUCGUCUUCUGCAACCGCUGUGGCAUAGAAGGCGACGUCAUCUUCGCUGGAACAAGUGCCGUUAUUGGUAUCCAGGACGGCGAGGUCAAGGUCUACGCACUGCUUGGUCGAUGUGACAAGGAGCUGCUGGUUGUGGACACUGACAGCUCUCCCUACGCAAAGUUGAUUUAUCAGCCAAAACCGGGCUCUGAGCCACCAAACGGGGAACCGGCAAGGUCAGAACCCUCAGACAGCUCUUCAGCCGGAGGGAACUUGGGCCCAGUCAGUCAUCCCAAUCCGUACGGACCGUAG